AUGGCCCCCACUAUCUUAACCCCGAUCAACUGGACACUGCCCUCUUCCGACUCGGGUGGUUCGGUGAAGAAGCCUAUCAAGACGGUGUCGAAACCGUGCUUCGGAUGUGACUGCGGCGGCGAGGACGUAUCGCGCGUGCUUGCGAUUCAUGCUACAGACGAAAGGUACAUUGUCCCGGCAGCCUGCGAUCUCUAUAAGAAUGCUAACAAGCGCAGAUCAAAUGUGACGCAGCGCUGCCGCAGUGCAAUUGGUGCAGUCAUCAUAAUAUCCCUUGUACUUUUGACAGAGUAG